ACAGUCUUGUGUUGUGCAUAUUGUGCAAAACGCGGCGUCACCAACGCACAUGUGGUUGCACAAAUCGGCGCCACGUCAAAUUGAUACGACAAUCACACCGAAACUGACGGCAGACGUUCCGUUCAUGUGGAUGUCAGACUUGGAAUGAAUGGAUACAGACAUUCCCAACCUUGAACCGAGCCAACAUUAGAACGAUUUCAAGGCACACCACCAAACAACAUUUCAGAAAGUUAAUCAUCGUCACUGUACCCCCAAAUACUCAGUGUGAAAUGUGGGCAUUAUUUGCUGAACACAAAGCCAGUAUUGUGAAGUAUGAAUGUCAACAGUUGGAAACGCGGGUUAGUUUGAUCUUCUUGACCGUCCAGUGUAGAGCAUUUCAUUUUUCUGCCCGUCAUCUAGACAUCGCUGACACAGAUAGAUACAUAACCUGUAGUGCAUAAAUAAUACUUUUCAUAUCAGUUCAAUACAAUUUGAUAAAUUCUUGCAGCACUGCAGAUGAUAUCACCAAACAGUGUUUGGGAAUCACUGAUGUACUGUAAGGGCGACAUUGGCAUCAAACUGCUCCACAAAGUCUACUUACUGUGGAUGUUGUUGUGUAAUAAUGCUGUAUUGGACAAAACGUUUGUAGAAACUAAAAUAACUUCAGUUUACUCAGCUGGAAGCUUGGCCAUGGCUACGUGUUAGCAGUCGCCAUGGUGACGUGGUUCCUAGUGCGUGAUGGGAAUUUCUCGUGAAUCAGUGGAUUCAAAGUGUCUGCGUGUGUGAGCAAUGAAAAUAACAGCUGAAUUUUGUGAAUAGGGAGUACAGUAUACACACACACAUACACACACAAAAACACACACUGAUACGAGAGUUCUGACGUGGAGAGUGAUGGGCUUACCACUUUUAUCAAUUCAUGGCAGCGGUGUUGCCCAGGACGCUGGGUGAGCUGCAGCUCUACCGGAUCCUCCAGCGAGCCAACCUGCUCUACUACUACGAGGCUUUCAUCCAGCAGGGCGGAGACGACGUGCAGCAGCUAUGCGAAGCCGGUGAGGAGGAGUUCCUGGAGAUCAUGGCGCUGGUUGGUAUGGCCAGCAAGCCGCUUCACGUACGCCGGCUGCAGAAGGCGCUGCGCGACUGGGUCACCAACCCGGCCAUCUUCAACCAGCCUCUCACCUCACUGCCGGUCUGCAGCAUUCCGGUCUACAAACUGCCUGAAGGCUCACCCACACUGCUGGGCGCCCAGGACCGGGCCAACACGUCCAGUGUCAAGAUGCCCAAAGCGGUGGCCACCUGCUCCGACACGGGAAAACCGGAUGUGACUCGGGACAAAAUAUCCGUGGGCUCGCCCCUGCAGGGCAAUGCCGAAGCUCGGUUCUGGUCGGGGCACAGCAACGAUAGCGAGCACAGCCUGUCGCCGUCGGACCUCGGUUCCCCAUCCUCCCCCAGAGACGUGAUGGAGGCUCUGGAUGCGGCUGCCGUGCAGUCGGUCCUGGAGUGUGUGGAGAGGAUGGCACCGGGGCUCACCAAGGCCGACCUUGCAGAGGUCAAAGAGCAGCUCAAAAGCAACAGGAAACUGGCAAAAAUGAUCGGACACAUCUUUGAGCUCAGCGACGACGACCCGCGGAGGGAGGAGGAGAUUCGCAAGUACAGCGCCAUAUACGGACGCUUUGACUCCAAAAGGAGGGAUGGCAAGCAUUUGACGCUCCAUGAGCUGACAGUGAACGAGGCAGCGGCGCAGCUCUGCAUGAGGGACAUGGCCCUGCUUACUCGCAGAGAUGAGCUGUUCGGACUGGCCCGGCAGAUCUCCAGAGAGGUCACGUAUAAAUACACCUACCGCACCAGCAAGUCUCGUUGUGGGGAUCGAGAUGAGCCCUCCCCCAAAAGGAUUAAAACGGAGGAGAACUUUUUCGACAUCCAGGAGGCGCUGCAGGCCAUCCAUAUGAGGCAGGAGAUGCUAAGGGAGCAGCUGGCCUGCGCCAAGUCCAAAGGAGACGAAAGCAUCGGACGCAAUCUGCAGAUGCAGCUCGAGCGUCUGCUGGCGAGACAGAUGGAAAUCCUGCAGGACGCCGCAGUCCAGGAGCGACUGCAGGCUCUGGACUGGAGGAUCCCCCCUGCUGCCUUGAAGUACCUCACCAGCACCCAGAACGUCAACGGGGCCGCCAGUGACUCCAGCAAGGAGAAUCAAGAUGAGCGACCCGUAAACUUGCGGGUCGUGAGCCAAAGCAUGCAGGAAGGUGACCUCCCGUUAGGCAAACAGCUGGCCAACGAGUUGAAGCGUCACCACAACCACAGCAGCAGCACAGAGGAGACCAAAACACCAGCAACAGAGAACGGGAUGUCACAGCGGGCAGCCGGCAACACCGAAAAAAAGACCAUCAAGUCAGAACCUGAGGACUCCACAUAGUGCCUCCCGCUUGGUCUCCUGGUAGUAUGCAGUUAUCAGCCGUCACUAGAAACUAAGCAAGCACAGCCACAGUAGAGCCUUAACAACCAAUGUUGCCUCAUGAAGAGCAUUUAUUUUCCUUGAUUUUCAUCUUUGUGUCAGUUGCCAAAGCAUCAAGAGAGCAUGAAGACAUGCCCCACCAUGCUUGGCGGGUGCUAUCUCUCCUAGAAAUGCAUUUGCUUUCUUACCUCUGAACAGUUCUUGUCGUUGUCGACAUUCAUGCUGGGCCUGAACCUGAACUCUGCCUCCGUUCUCUCGGUCCAACGCGAGUGAGUCUUGGAACCAAAUGGGUCAUAAAGGAGACUGAGUUCGGGGUCAGUCCCAGUAUCGGGCUCCUUUUCUUUAUUUGUGGGAUGACUCCACCUCUCCUCUCGCUUGUCUUGUGUAUAUUUAUGGGAGAUCAUUUGAGAAGAAACAUUUUGUGAGCAACAAGCGGCGGACCCGUGUUAUGCUCAGGCUUGCCAAGUCGAGUCAUUGCGUCAUGUCACACUGCUGGUGAAAUUCAGAACCACACAUCUGCUGACCGAAGAGUCCAGGCCUGAAGAUGUGGCGUUGCACCAGGGCUCAGCUUCAGUGUAAAUAAUCUGUGAUAACAAAUUGUGUUAGGCUAAUCUCAACCAGGGUUCUGCUAUGUCAAGUGUAACUUUGCUGUAGAUGUUUGUGUCAAUAGUGCUCAUGUGCAUAAAAAAAAGACCUUUCGGUGUCAUAGAGGAAAAAAAUUCAAGUGUGAAAGUGUGGUGUA